AUGAUUAUGACUAAGUUAUUGUGUUUUUUACUCACAAUAACGUUGUUUCAACUAUUAGAAUUGGCUAUUUCUCGACGUGAGCAAGUUACAACACCACCAUUGCCUGUUUUGCCACUUCCAUCUUAUACUCAACUUAAAUGGCAACAAAGAGAGAUCAUAAUGUUCUUCCACUUUGGAGUUAACACAUUCACCGACUCUGAAUGGGGCACUGGGAAAGAAAACCCGGCUAUUUUCAAUCCAAUCGGGCUCGAUGCCAACCAGUGGAUCAGUGCAGCAAUGGACGCAGGAGUUUCUCUUGUCAUACUUACUGCAAAACACCACGAUGGAUUUUGCUUGUGGCCUUCAAAAUAUACUGACCAUUCUGUCAAACUUAGUCCCUGGAAAAAUGGACAUGGUGACGUGGUACAAGAGUUUGUAAAUGCGGCUAAAGCUCGCGGAGUCGAUGCAGGAUUGUAUUUAUCUCCUUGGGAUCGCCAUGAUCCGAGAUAUGGCCACGAUUUGCAGUAUAAUGAAUACUACUUAGCUCAAAUGCAAGAACUACUCACCAGAUAUGGAAACGUGAGGGAGAUAUGGUUCGAUGGAGCAAAGGGUCCAAAUGCGGUUAACAUGUCAUACUAUUUUACAGAGUGGUUCGCCAUGGUGAAAGAGUUGCAGAGUUCCAUUAACGUAUUUUCGGAUGCGGGUCCGGAUGUUAGAUGGGUUGGUAAUGAAAAAGGAUUCGCUGGAAGCACAUGCUGGUCGACCAUCAAUCGCACAUCUCUAUCAAUAGGAAAUGGAAGCAUCGUUGAGUGAGUAUUUUUUAUUAACCAAAUCA